AUGCGUUCAGCCUUUAUUGCAUCGAUCUUUGCCCUGGCCGCCUCGACUGUGCUUGCGGCCCCUGCUAAGCGCGAGUUUCACAACCGUGCGGCCAAGCUCUCGUGGUACGCUGGUUAUAUGAUGGACGAACCUUACUGUGGUGGCGCUCCUCCUUCGGAUGACGACAUGGUGGUGGCUACGAGCUUCGACAUGCCAUACAAGUGUGGCGACAAGCUCACGUUUGAGUACUACGGCAACCACGCCACCGUUACGGUGCGCGACCGGUGCGAGACUUGCCACGGCGAGUGGUUUGACCUGAGUAAGGGCGCCUUUGCCGCUCUCACGGAUCUCGAAGUGGGUGUCCUCGAGAACGUGGACUACUGGAGCCACUAA